UUCUAUUAGGGGAGGUAUCGAGACUUCCAACUUCACCAGAAAACAAAAAUAAUAAAUAAAAACAAAUACCUAAAAUUUAUAAACAAUUAAAUAUUUACUCUAAAAUAGUCAUAAAAAUAUGCCAUCUACAUUGUGAUACAAAGUUUGUUAAUUUAAUGAUUCGUUUUCAUUGAUUUUGUUUAAUUUUCUCGUGAGAUUGUGAAGUUGAAAAAUCCUUACUAGAGCGACGAUGUCUUUCAAUUACUCAAAUAACAUGGGUCGUAAUCCAAUGCACAAUAUGAUGCCUUUAAUGAAUAACCUCGCAAACAGUGCCGGCGGUAACAAUAUUAUCUCACAAAUAGCUGCAGUAAUGUCUGCAGCAGCAACUGCGAAUAACCUUCCAUCAAACAUGGGACCACAACAGACUGCUACGCCCAUUACAUCGGCUAAUACCGCUACAGCUCCACCAGUCAGCGCAUUGGGUGCACGAAUCGCACCACCUCCGCCCACAUUCAAUGACUCCCCUUUAGAAUUUAAACGCCUCAAUGCCAAUACAAGCAGAGGCAAUAUAACUGGCGUAAAUCCAUCAAAGCCAACUUUUCCUUUUCAAUCACGCGAAACAAUCAGCAGUCAAUCUAAGAACAAUCAACAAAUGGGAGCGGGUCCAAUGGAUUUAGAAAACGAGAAUGAGAAUAGCACAUCAAAUUUUUCUGACCUUCGACGAUUUUUGAGUGGUGGUCCAUUGAGUCGAGACACCCAAAAGCAAUCAAAUUCAGAUCAAACGCAAACAGCUGUCACCACUGCCACUGGUGGUGGUGGUGCUGCUACAGUGGGUGACAAUUCAGCACAAAUGUUUCUCAAUAGUAUGCUGCAGCAGGGCUUCAUGAUGAUGCAACCAACAAUGAUGAUGGACCCAAAUAUGGCAUUGCAAAUGCAACAAUAUCCCAUGAUACCCGACAUUAGCAAUCCACCUGAUCCCGCUUCUACCAACCAGAUGAGUGCAAUAGUUCCAGCAAGUGGUGGACAGGUUAAGGAAAUUAUCCAUUGCAAGUCUUGUACCCUUUUCCCUCCAAAUCCAACCGCACCAGCCCCGACAAUCAGGGAUCGACCACCGGGUUGUCGAACCGUAUUUGUCGGAGGUCUACCCGAAACCAUAACCGAACCAAUAAUUCGAGAAAUAUUCGAAAGCUGUGGCGAAAUAACCACCCUUCGAUUGUCCAAAAAGAACUUUUGCCAUAUCCGUUUUGUUUACGAAGCAUCCGUUGAUUCGGCCAUCUACCUAUCUGGCUACCGAAUUCGCAUCCUUAACAAUGAGCCAACCAAUUGUGGACGUUUGCACGUCGACUUCGCUCAAGCCAGAGACGAUCAAUACGAAUGGGAGUGCAGACAACGCCAAUUCCAACGGGAGCAACGACAUAGAGAACGCAUGGAACGAGAUAGACUUCGUUCGGUGUCGCCUCCUCCUGUCGUCCAUUACACCGAGCAUGAAGCGAGCACUCUAUCAGACAAACUAAAGAACGAUGAGACUUUCAUGAAAGCUGUUCAAACGCUUAUUGUCUGGUUGGAACGUGGUGAUUGCUCGAAAAAGAAUGCCAAUGUUUUCUAUUCAAUGAUACAAAGUACGAAUGCACACGUACGUCGAUUAAAUACUGAUAAAACGCAGUAUGAGGAAGAUCUCCGCAUAGCUAGGGAGCAAUACCGAAAGCAAAUGCUUGGUAUGACACAGCAAUUCACUCAGAUUGAAAAAGUGUUCAGUGCAGCUAGUCACAAGAAGGUUUGGGACCAUUUCACCAAGGCCCAAAGAAAAAACAUCGACCAAUGGAAGAAACUAUCAAUGGAAAUGCGUUCAGUGCAGAUCGAAGACGACGAAAUGGAAAUGUCUGACGAAGAUCGAGAUUUUCGAAGCUCUAGUAGUAAGCGAUGUCGCUUUGAUAAUGACAAUUUGAAGGAAGAAAACGACAGCCUACGAUGUCAGCUGGAAGCGUUGAAAAACGAAAUGACCCUCGUUAAGUCAGAUAUCAAAUCAGAUACUGAUUUUCGUGAUAAGCAAAUCAAAGUUCUUCAAGAAACAAUUCGAAAUAUGCAAACGCAGUUGCUUGAAAACAAGUCGCGGGAAAGAAAAGAUGCCACCAAAAUCGAUGAUCUCGAGCAAAAGCUCAAAGAAGCCAAUGUUAAGCAACUUUUGUUGAAAACAAAAAUUGUUGAAGUAAGUGCCAGGCAAAGUAAUCAUUCUUCAAAGAGUUCAGAAUGUGAUGAAGUGAUUGAGAAAUCAUCACCCAUAAUUAUAAAAGACGAUAUUAUUGAACUUGAAGAAGACGACCACGAUGAAAAGAUCAAGAAAGACUUGGAUGAUGUCAUCGAAAUUAAAGUCAAUUGUGGCCAAGAAAAACCAAAGGAUGAAAAAUCUAUCGAGAUAAAAUCUGAAGAAAUUGAUCAAGAUGAAGCCCGGAUCAUAAGUUUGGUUUCCACAUUUCUUGUUGUUCAUCCGAUGGGCGCCACAUCUCAUAACAUCUGUUCCUAUCUACAAAAUAUAACUAAAAAUUCAUGUGUACAAUCAGAACGACUUAACGAAACACUGCAAAAAUAUUCAAACCUGUUUAGAAAUCACACAAACGACACUGACGUGGAACCUAAGUGGAGCUUUUGUGGAUUUAUUGUGCCAGAGAAUGAAAUAAAGAACUAAAAUGUUACCAAAGACAGCAGAAAGAUAUUCGGCUGGCCUGCAAUAUUUUCCUCCAAAACCAAAUCUAAUCUAGGCCAGUUUUAGAGGUGGCAAAAGAAAAACCAUGAGAUUUUAUGAAUAAGACUUACAAUUAUUUAAACUUAAAACCCGAAAAAAAGUAACAAAACAAAUCAAACAAACUUUACGAAUUAACAUGAGAUAAAUUGAAAAUCCUUCCUUCCUCUAUUUAAUUUUAAGAAACAAAUGAAAAACAUAUUAUACAAAAUUUAUUAACUUGUUACUUCUCAAAAAAAAAGAAAAAAACAAAAACAUAUUUAAUUUUAUUUAUGAGAAAACAAAUGGCAAACAAAAAUAUUUAUUAAAUUCACAAUCUAAUAGACUUUAUUUAAAUAUUAUCGAUAUAAAAAAAGAACACAAAUUUAACAAUGACAAGAAACAUGAUGAUUAACAAUGUGUAGGGAAUUUCAAGUAGAAUUAUAGAUUUUAAUGAGACAAAAUAUUAAAUAAGUAUUUUGAAAAAUCCCA